CGUUUGGGGUUUGGGAGCCGGGCUGCAGCCAUGGCCCUGGGCCAGGUGAACUUCUCUGAGCUGGGCGCGGAGGAACCGGCUGCAGGUGAGGAGAGCCUGGCUGGGGUCAAGGCGCUCACGGCCAAACUGAAGCUGCAGACCCGCCGCCCUUCGUACCUGGAGUGGGAGGCGCGGGUGCGGGGGCAGCCCUGGGGCAGCCCGACCCCACGGGGGGCGAAGGGGACCUCGGGGCAGCCCGGGGCUGAGCGGGACGGCAGCGUCUGUGGCUUCCCUGGUAUGGAGGAGGCUCUGCAGUGGCUGAGGAUGGAGCUGGAGCUGCAGGCUGCGGACCAGCGCCUGGCACAGCAGCUGAUGCGCCUGCGGGCGCAGCUGAACCGGCUGAAGGUGGAGCAGGUCUGCCACCGGCACAAGGAGAUGCUGGACGACGCCACCUUCGGCCUCGAGGGCUGCGAGGAGGACUCGGAUCUGCUCUGCACCAUCCCCCCCAAGGCCGCCUUCCUGCUCUCCAUGCCGCUCAAGCACAUCGGUGUCACCCGCAUGAACAUCAACUCCCGGCGCUUCUCCCUCUGCUGAGUGCAGCGGGGCCCGGCGGGCACCCAUGGGUGCAGCUGGGGGUUGAGAGAGGCUCAUAGGUGCCCCAAAGCGCUGCAGGGACAUCGGGCUCAGGGCUGAGCUCCAUCUUGUUUGUGCUAAUGGAGACGUGCCAUCCCGUGGGGUGCUGUGUGUGGUGGGGGUCAGCGGCAGGGGAGGAUGUGGGGAGCAGCACUUGGAGGA